CAGGAUCCCCAGCCUUCAUGCUUGUCAACGGGCCCUACCGUCAACUUGCCUUGCGAGAAACGCCUUUUAAACGACAUAUGCUAUCACUCGACCAUGCAAGUUCACAAUGACCUUCACUUUGACAAUAACCAAGGUACAUGGUUCUGGAUGGAGUUUGAAUCGAAGUUAGCACUGAGGAAACGUUGGUCUUGGCCUAUAAUUCAUAAUAUUUUUUUCAGUUUGGUUCCAAAAUCCAUAGCAGUAUGAUUAUCGCCGGAAUCAUUGUGUCCGUGUUCGCAAGCUUGGUUAUAGCAGAUCAAAGAUGUUCCGUUACUCCAGAUUUGGAACCAUGUUCCGCCAAUGUUAAUGGUUUGAAGUAUUAUUUCAAUGCUACACGUGGUGCAUGCACUAGGGCUUCCCAGUGGCCGACCAAGAUGUGUUUAGCUUCAGGACAAGGCGGCUUUGGGGACCACAUGUUUUGUGUACAUGCAUGCGAAUGUACGCAGCCACCAAAUGAGAAUCGGUGUGCUGACGGCCAAACACCUAAUCGGCCCCAGGUAGAAAGAUGGUUUUUCAAUCCGGACUCUGGGGUAUGUGAGGCGUUCACCAACUACGGCUGUUCUGGGGUGUACAGCAUCUUUGGGAAAAACGAAUUUGUUCACGAGAGCGCGUGCAAACAGAAGUGUAUUUGUACAAAACCUCUUGACACCGGUAGAGGAGACCAACAUAUUACAUCCUUUGCCUUUAACGAACAAGACAAACGCUGUGAGGAGUUCAGUUACAAGGGUGAGGGAGGAAAUGCCAACAGAUUUGCCACCAGUGAAGACUGCAUGGACAAGUGCCUGUGUGGACUGGAGGCGCAGAAUGGAGAUGGGAUGAUGUCGUGUCUGGCAUACUUUCCAACAUACGUUUAUAACAAGAAUGAAAACCUCUGUAAAAAGUUCAUAUAUGGGGGUUGUGGUGGUAAUUCCAAUCGCUUUGACACCAAAGAAGCAUGUUCUGCGACGUGCAAAAAACUAUAAAAAGUAAUAAGUAUAACAUAAUAAUAAUUAUUAAUAAAGGUAUGCGAUUUUUGACAGUAUUAAAAGUACUAGUACUUCGCCCUCGGCAACAAUUUUAUAACCUGUUUACAGUUCCUUGUUAAAAAUAGUCUAUUCAGACCGUGUGCACCUUCAGUCGUCCCAUUGUUUACGGAAGAUUCUGAAAGGUUUUAAGUGAAGUAUAAAUGGCUUUUCAACAAUUACAUAGCGCUUUAAAGGGACAUUCCUGAGUUUGCUGCAUUGUAAGAUAUUUUCGACUAAUAAAAUAUGUCUACGAUUAAACUUACAUAAUAAAUAUAUGUCCUUGUUUACAAUAUCAAUGUCUGCAUA